AUGCCUCACCCUGAAUCGUUUUCAUGGAAUGAGAACCUAAAAGACAACCUGGGGAUUGUUUUAGAUUCCAAGGAAGUUCAGAUUAAACUAGAACAGUUGUUUUCUCAAACAUCCUCAGGAACUCUUUGUGAUAUCAACCCCAUUGUGAAUGAAUUUACGGAAAUACUGAGUGCCUCAUGUAGUAAAGUGUUAAAAAUGAAGGGACGUAGAAAAGUUAAUAAGAAAAACAUUCCAAAACAAAGACAAAAAUGGUUCAAUCAGAAAUGUCAUACACUCAAAAAGAAUCUUCGAAACCUAGGUAAAUUGAUUACUAUAUAUCCAAAUAACACAUAUCUAAAACAUACAUUUUUCUCAAAAAAGAAAGAAUAUAAAUGUUUACUAAGGAAACUGAAAAGACAGUUCCAUAAUACCAUAUUAGAAAAAAUUGAAGCUUUAGCCGACAAUAACCCCAAUGAGUAUUGGAAGUUAGUAAAUUCUAUUAAGACUAGUCAGAAGUCUAAAGACCAUAAUGAAAUAUCAUCUUCUGAAUGGUUUGAAUAUUUCAAAAAUCUCAAUAAGAAUGAGCAUCUUUGCUCAGAGGAGUCAAGUACUGAAGCCAAAAUUGUUAAAGAUUACAAUAAGUGGGCAGCACAAAAAAUCGAUGUUCUUGAUCGACCGAUUUCCACUGAAGAAUUAUACAAGAUUUCAAAAAAACUGAAAAAUAAAAAGCAUGCGCCAAUGAUCCAUUAUCGAAUGUAA